CUGCGACUGCACAUAAAACCCCGCUCUUGCAAGUGUCUCUUCGGUGCUCAAGUCCAGAAGAAACUCAUCCUAGCACCACUAAACAGAAACCUCGCAAGAUGUCAUCUCCCAAGCCAGCGACAGACACGAUCAAAAAGCAACAAGAGGAUGCGAAGAAUAAUCUUCCUUUCUCCGACACUCAGGACUUUGAUGAUGCACAAAAAGGCCUCAUAGGCCGCCGCGUACCGAACACUGUGGUCAAUUCGGACGGCGUCACAAUAUGGGACAACGACGUAUACCAGUUCCUGCGAACGAAAGACUCUCCCGACACGGCCAACCCGAGUCUAUGGCGCCAGUCGAACCUCUGUGCUUACGACGGCCUGUUUGAAGUCACAGAGGGUAUUUACCAGGUGCGCGGCCUCGACGUCUCGAACACGACCAUCAUCGAAGGGACUGAAGGCAUCAUCGUCAUCGACCCCCUCGGGUGCGCCGAGGUUGGUGCAGCUGCAUUUGAACUGUACCAGCAAUAUCGCGGCACGAAGAAGGUCAAGGCGGUCAUGUACACGCACUCGCACAUUGACCACUUUGGCGGCGUCAAGGGCUUCAUAUCUCAAGAAGACGUCGACUCGGGAGCUGUACAGAUCCUGGCGCCCGAGGGCUUCCUUGAGCAUGCCGUGUCGGAAAACGUGUACGCCGGCACAGCCAUGGGCCGCCGCGCAGCCUACAUGUACGGCGAGGGUAUCACGCGCAGCCCGCAAACCCAGAUCGGCGUCGGACUCGGACAGUCAACGUCGACUUUUGGCACAAGCUCCCUCAUUGCGCCCACCCUCGACAUCACAACAACCGGCCAGGAGGAAACUAUCGACGGCGUCAAAAUGGUUUUCCAGAUGGCACCAGACACAGAGGCGCCGUCCGAGAUGCUCAUAUUCUUCCCGGACUUCAAGGCUCUCUGCGCUGCCGAGGACGCGACGCACAACUUCCACAACCUACUCACUUUGCGCGGCGCUCUAGUACGGGACCCACAUGGCUGGUCGGGAUACCUGACCGAGACGAUCAACCUCUUCGGCGGCAAGACUGACGUGCUCUUCGCCUCGCACCAGUGGCCAACGUGGGGAUCUGACCGCAUCAUUAGCUUCCUUUCGGGACAGCGUGAUCUCUACGCCUACGUGCACGACCAGACACUGCGCCUGUUGAACCAGGGUCUCACCGGUCCAGAGAUCGCCGAGCAAAUGACCCUUCCGCCCGCUAUUGACCAGACCUGGAGCUCCCGUGGAUACUACGGCUCCGUCAGCCACAACGUCAAAGCCAUCUACCAACGGUACAUCGGCUGGUUUGACGGCAACCCUUCCCAUCUUUGGGAACACAUCCCAGUCGAGCGGGCCAAGCGCUACGUUGACCUGGCUGGCGGUAGCGGUCCUCUGGUCAGUAAAGCGCAAGAAGCCUAUAACGACGGUGACUUCCGCUGGGCCGCCGAGCUGCUCAACCAUGCCGUUUUUGCGGACGCGACCAACGCCGACGCGAAAAGCCUGCUGGCAGACACGUACGAGCAGCUCGGCUAUGGCGCCGAGAACGGCACCUGGCGCAACUUCUUCCUCUCGGGCACCCAAGAACUGCGCGUCGGUAGCUUUGGCACGCCGGCGCUAACAUCGUCGUCGGAUAUGCUGUCGCAGCUAACCCCCGAGAUGCUGUUCGACGUCUUCGCCAUCCAGAUCAACGGCCCGAACGCCUGGGAUGUGCAGCUCGCCAUUGAUGUGGUUCUCACCGACCGGAGCGCCGACGCUGGAAACAACCGCUACCGCUGGUGGCUCUCCAACGGCGCACUCAUUUACACCACGGGCAAACAGUCGACAAGCCCGGACGUGACGCUCACAACGACGACUCGUAAUCUGCCUGCAUUGGCCAUCUAUGGUCUCGACCCUACGGAGUUGAAGAAAGCGGGGAUCCAGAUUGACGGCGACGAAUCGGCGCUUACAAAGUUGGCGUCUCUUCUGGAUCCAGGUAACCCUGGCUUCAACAUUGUUACGCCGUGAGCGGUAUGACCUUCGGGACUCUCAUCGUGUGAAGGGAGAGCGUGCAUAUCGUACUAGUUAGGGCAGGUUUUCUUUUUUGCGUUCCGCUUUUGGUUCAACACCAUGUCCCUACCCAGCGAGCACCUGACUGCUCGGUUUGGUCUCUUUCUGAAUUCACAAGAGGAAAAUGAAAACCAGGAAAAAGACAAUGAUAAAAAAGCGCGCGCUAUGAUGUUUUUGUUGGAAAUCAGGGUUCUUGAAUGUCUUUUGAGUUACCAUCCA